AUUUUUCAUGAACUAUAAGUUGUAUAAUAGCAAAGCACUUUAUAAUUAUUUCCUCAUCAUCAAUCAAUAUCAAAAUAUUUCUUAAUUGGAGUAAGCAUGAGUAAUUUGAAGCCCACGUUGAGUUUUGAACAAGGAUGGCCUAUAUUGCAAGAUGAAGCUAUCAACAAAGUUAUCCUCCUUGUUGAAGAAGGCCACACUUCCAACCAAUUCACUUCUGAAGAGUAUAUGCAUUUAUACACAACAGUGUAUAGCAUGUGUGACAACAAUCCAGCUGGCCCUGAAGCUCAAAAACUGUAUCAGCAGUAUAAGAAAACAAUGGAAGGUUAUGUCUCCUCAAAGGUAGUUCCAUCUAUUCAGGGAAAGAAAGACGACGUCUUGCUACACGAACUUGUUAAGAGGUGGAAUAAUCACAAAAUCAUAACCAGGUGGCUUUUCAGAUUCUUUCAUUACCUUGACAGAUACUUAGUGCCUAGAAGGAGCCUCCCUUCGCUUCAGGAAACUGGCCAUUUGACUUUCUAUGAAUUGGUCUAUGGUGAAAUGAAUGAUGGAGUGAGAGAUGCUGUGAUAUCUUUGAUUAAUAGAGAACGCGAAGGAGAGCAAAUAGAUCAGGCCUUAGUGAAGAACAUUUUGGAUAUAUAUGUAGAGAUAGGUGGAGACACCAUGAAGUAUUACGAGAAAGAUUUUGAAGAAUCGAUGCUGAAGGAUACUGCUGUAUUCUACUCUAAGAAAGCCUCAGAUUGGAUUGCAAGCAAAUCUUAUGAGGAGUACAUGCUGAAGGUUGAGGAAUGCUUGAAGGACGAGGAAAGGAGGGUUCAAAGUUAUUUGAAAGACAUAAGCAAACAUAAGUUAUUGGAGGUUGUAGAAUAUGAGUUCCUUACUGUACAUGCAAGCAAACUAGAAGAGAAGAAACAAAUCAAUCUUGGAGCUGCUUAAAAAUGAAACACUUCUUGAAGAAGAGGUUGUGCCUUUAUGUGAUUUGAGUGUGACUACUAUUUGAUAAGUCCUAAAUAUUCAUUUUCACCUAAACAAGUUGUUGUACUUUAUUUGCUUUUGCUCUUUCAAUCCUUUAUAUAAAUGUACCUUGGGGAUAGUGAAUGCAUUUUAA